AUGUUACUCUAUUUACAGGUUACUUGUCAGGUGACAGCUGCUCUGGCCAAUGUUCUAUGCAUCAGCUCUGUGUGGUCCGUCAUCGGAAUUGCUUUGGACCGGUAUUUAGCAAUAACGUAUUGCCUCCGGUACUCAACCUGGUCGCCAAAGAAAUAUGGAGGUGGAAUCAUGCUCUUCAUUUGGAUUAUCUCCCUUGUUUUAGGACUCUCACCUUUAUUAUCAUGGGGAGGCGUGGAGAUUCAAAACGUCAUUUUUACGUGUGUGACAACAUGGACGGGUCAUAUCAGCUAUGCAAUAACUGUUCUCUUGGUGUGCUAUAUUAGUCCAUUAGCUGUCAUGAGUUUUAGCUAUUGGAGGAUAAUAACAGUAGCCCGAAAACACGCCAGGCGAAUCGGUGACGUCACAGCCCAUGCUGAUGGGACCCGACGUCACGUCAGCACGACGGGAGCCGUGGCAGCAGGAGCAAUGUUCUCUGUCAGGCGUCUAUCAAUGUUGAGUUUCCCUGGUAACGUGAAAUCGGACUUCAAUAGUUGUUAUGACAACGACUUCAACAGCGGUACCUCAGUGACGAGCAAUACGUUGCCAAUAAGACGCAACAUCCGGGCAACAUUACGUCUGCUUGGAUUAACACUGAUUUUUGUCACCUGUUGGUUUCCAUAUAGUUUACUUCGGAUGUACAAUUCUAUAUAUGGCGACAGUAACUAUCCAUACGUUGUGUCUAUAGCGCUUUGUCUUGCUUUAACAAACAGUGCGAUAAAUCCAAUUGUUUAUGCUAUUUGUAGCAAACACUUCCGGUAUGCGUCCAAACGGUUAAUUCGUUGUAAAAAAUCAACUGUCGUUGAGGUUAAUAGGCACAACAACCAUGAUUUUGCGUCGUCUUACACAAGCUUCCUCCGGAAUUUGCGGACACCAGCAUUGGAGGGACAUGACCAUGCGCACGCCUCUCCGCCUCGUACACCAGAAACUUCCAGUUCUGUCAUCGAUUCCCGACCAUCAUCUGCGUUUUCGGAUUCUGUUUCCAGACGGCAAUUGCUUGCCGUGCCAAGACACAGCAUUGGUGAUACUACUGGGUUCUUACUGCCCAAUGCCGUUUCUAAUAAUGACACUGACAGCUUGAGCAGAGGAACGGAGAGUACUAGAGGAGAACCAGGGAUAUCCAAACGCAGCAGUGUUUGUACUAUAGCAGAGUAUUUGUAUGACAAACAAAAUACCGCGAAUAUUGAGAUAAGGCUAGAAUUAGUUAUUUAACAACUGCGUACGAUAUAUUUGUGAAAUCCUUAUAGAAACAUGUUGUUUUGCUCAUACUUUAAUUAUAUUUUCGGGUAAAUAACUUGCAGUAUUUAAAAAGUUUAAUAUUUAUAAUCAUUUUAAAACGUCGCAAUAGCGUAUGUUGAAAAACAUUUUAACCAAAAGUUUGUCCGUUCAAUAUUAGUGACAUGUUUUGAUUGUAUGUUGUUUAACGCCAUACUUUGCAAAAGUCCAGCUACAUCAUGGCGGCCUAUAAUUGAUCGAAUCUGGACCAGACAAACCAGUGAUUGAUAUUAUAAGCAACGUCCUAAUCCAAUCAAAGAUUCGCCGAGCAUGAACUGUCGAUCAAUUUAUUUGCCUGUUGCGACGAGCGCGUGCUGCUAGAGAUAUUCUAGCGAGGAGUUCCGGCCGGGAGGUGCAAGUCGUGCAAGGCCGAGAAAUAUUAUGUUAUGUGACGAUCGCGUCAUUUAAAGUGAAACCAAAAGUCCAUACACAAAAUACUUUGUCUUGUCCUAAUAGCUUCAAGCUUUUGUUUAUAUUUUGUUUGAUGCCUACAGUAUUUGUCCACAUUGUGAAGUGCUUGACUCAACCUUUUGUCUGUAAUUUCAUGAUUUGUAUGUAUGGAAUUAUCUGUAUACCUGAUACCCAGCCAAAGACGU